AUGACCUCAUUUAAGACGGCAGCUAUGUUCUGGUCUUGCACCCCGUGUAGCAGAACACCUUUGCACCUGGCCUGUGCUAAUGGAUAUUCAAAUACUGUCUCUCUUUUAACUGAGAAACAGUGCAAAGUAAAUGUCUGGGAUGGUGAAAACAGGUCUCCAUUGACUAAGGCAGUACCAUGUGACAAGGAGAGCUGUGCUACUGUUCUUCUAGAACACAGUGCAGACCCCAAUCUGGUGGAUUUAGAUGGCAACACUGCUCUUCAUUUUGCUGCCUGUUGUCAAAGUGUCUCAUUAGCUGCAAAACUGCUGAAACACAAAGCUAACCUUGAGGCUCAAAAUAAGGAUGGGUAUACUCCACUUCUACUUGCCAUUGCUGAAAAUAAUGCAGAAAUGGUAGAAUUUCUUUUGAAGAGUGAGGCAGAUGUGAAUGCUUCAGAUAAGAAUCAAAGAACAGCCCUUAUGAUUGCUCUCAGUGAUGAACCAAGUUUAGUCAAUCUUCUUCUUCAGCAAGAAGUGGACCUAUCUUGCCAAGAUAUUUAUGGAUUCACAGCUGAGGAAUAUGCAUCUUUCAAUGGUUUUACCAUAUAUCAUCAAUUAAUUGCUAACAAUGAAAAGGAAAAAAAAGUUAAACAGAUAUCUAACUCUACAAACACAACUUUGGACAUGAUAUUCGAUACAGAAGAACUGGAGGAAGGUGAGAAUUUACAAAUUGAACAAGUAGUUUUCCUUGUUGAUUUUUAUUUGUUUGGUUUUUAG